AUGGCCGUGAAGACCCACACUCUCGUCUCUCUCUGGUUCAUCCUGACAGCACCAGUAAUUUUCUGGGAUGCGUCCUACUGUUUCCUUCGUCCUCGUUCCAUGGUUGGUGGCGACCUGCACUGGAUAUGGAAACCCUAUGCUAUCUACCAAAAUGUUGAUUAUGUCUAUGGUCUCAAAGCGUUGGAAGAGAACAGCGGCUUCACUAACGCGCAGUCUGCCCUCAACAUCGUCGAGACGUUGAUGAACAUUGGUUACGUUUACCUCGCUCAUGUCUCCGGUUCUCCCGGUGCUCCUCUGCUCGGCUUCGCCGCUGCCGUCAUGACGCUCUCGAAGACCGUUCUGUAUUGGCUCCAGGAAUACUACUGUGGCGGAUGCGCGGUUGGCCACAACGACCUCCAGACCCUCUUCAUCUACUGGAUCGUCCCGAACGGCCUGUGGCUCAUCCUCCCAUCUUACAUCAUCUAUGUCCUCGGAAAGGACAUCGUGGGCGCGCUCAACGGCCAGUCCAAGGCCAAGGCCGCGGGCAAGACGAAGAAGCAAUAA